UUGAAUUAUUAUUCAACAAAUAUUUAAAUUAGGGUUCUACGUAAGAAGAGUUAAGGUCGACGAAAGCGAGUUUUGAUUUUACACAGUUGUCCGGAUUCAGUCGGUGACGAGCGGUCGACGAGUUCGCACGCGUUUGUCUGUUUGUUAUCGUGAUCAUUUUUUCUUUGAUCUACGAAAGACACGAACAUUUCUAAUAUCCCAUUUUGAGGAAUCGAAGUCCAGAAUCGAAAACACGUCGUUAUCUAAUCCUUGUUGAACAUCGAUCAAUAUAUAGACUUUCUUAAUCAAUCGUAAUCGAAUCAAAUUUUCUUUGAUUUACGUUGCGUAAUUCUAAAUUAACGUGUAACAAGCAAGAAGAAUGAAUUUAACAAAGUGUUUGACAAUAUCAAAAUAGCUAUAGUAACACUGCGUGACAGAAGGAGCAACAGUUUUAUUUUUUCUUUAUGCAACGUUCUUUGCUGAAAAUUGACACUGCGUAGUCAGUAACUAAAUUUAUUGUAAAAUUGUUAGUCAUCAGAGAAUGCCUUCACAACUAAGCAAAUUCAUCGAUAUAUCCUGUAAGGAAUAUGCACAUCCUUGGGGAGAUUCCUGUGUGAAUACAGCCGCCGGUCUUGGCUUAGAUGCUCUUCAAGAAUGCCUAAGGAUAUAUUCCACAGUUUAUAUAGUUGCACUUUUAUUAAAAGGAAAGAAACCAUCUAAAGGAGAUAUUAAAAAAACGAUAUUGGGUUUUUUACAGUCAACAGCUUUCCUCUCAUGGAGUGCUUUUUCCUAUUCUAUGUUCAUUUGCCUUUUAAGACGAAUACUUGGAAACUUCAACUUCCUGACUAUAUCAUUUUUUCCAUCAUUUCUAUCUAGUUUGUCUGCUAUUAUUAUUGAGAGGCCAUCAAGGCGUACUUUAUUGAGUUUAUAUGUAUCUAAUAUUGCGACAGAAACAUUAUUUAGAAUGGGGGUAGCAAGGGGAUAUUAUUCUCCCAUUUCACAAGGUGGAACAUAUAUUUUUGCUACAAGUUUAGCAUUAUUGCUUUAUUUUUAUCGUACUAAACCAAAUAACCAAGAUUCUAUAUAUAAAAUACUUAGAAUCAUUGUUGGAAAAUAUGAAGGGACUGAUUAUCCUAAAGAGAAAAACGAAUUACACUAUGAAAUGCAAUUAUGCUGUUCUAAUGAAGAUAAUAGUGGUAAUUCCGUAGACAAGCAUGAUGUAAAUAAAUCUCAUAAAAAAAAUGUUAAUAUAUUUAUGAAAUCCCUUGAGACAUACAAAAAACUUACAGAAACAUUAAAGCAUAAAGAUAAACAUAUUUCCUGCCCACAUCCAUUUAGUUGUGCUCAUUACAUAUUAAAGAGUGGCACAGAAGUAUUUAGUUAUGCUUUAGGUGCCCAACUAAUGAUUAAUUUGUUCUUUAAUAUUAAAAAAUUAAUUACAAAACCACUGGUAAUAAAAUCAGUAAUUUUCAAAAAAAGCAAUUUAAAUUUACCUCUAUUUUUAGGUGGUUUUGCAGGACUUUAUAGGCUAAUAUCUUGUUUACUAAGAAGAUUCUUACAAAAAGUACUUAUAAGUGGUUUAACAUUUAUGUUUUAUAAUAUUAAUACAAUAACUUUAUAUUUUAUGUGGAAAGCAUUGCAGUUGUUAUGGAAUGAUCUUGUGGAAAAAAAGAUAGUACCUGAAGUAAAAUGGUUUCAAAUCUUCUUAUAUUGCUUUAGUACAGCAGUACUCUUCCAUGUAUCAAUCUUUGAACCACAUCUCUUAAGGUCUUCCUAUUGGAAAUUUUUGUAUACUAUCUCUGGAGGAAGGGUAGCAAUAAUGUCUCGAGUACCAUUAGACAUAUAUGGUUUAGAAACAUCUAAGCAUCUUGCAGAUGUAUGUAGAAAAACUAAUACUUCCACUAAGAAAACUUUUUCAUUUUAAUUUAAUAACACAAGAAUGAAGUAGAAUUUAUUGAACUUUGUUCUUUUGAACGUAUUUGUUAUUUACACGAAGUAUCGAAGAACUGAUGGUACGAUUCGGAAAGUUUGUUUCUGUUUAAAAAAAAAUAAAAGGAGCUACAUAAAAGAGACUUCCUCCUCAAGGAAACUGGGUUUGAAUGUUCGUUGAGUACGCGUGCACUCAUGUAAGGUCGCGGAUUCACGAACGGCACCAUGAGGUAAGGGGAAUGCUUCUUACCUAAAGAAAAGAAAAAGGGAGGAGGGGAAAUAACGCGUAUCGUACACCAGUGCUGUUUGUAUUCUUCCGGAGUUUAGGGACCUUUUCGCACUGUAUAUAUCUUUAUAUUAUAGUAUAAAAUGCUGGCUGAUAUCACAUUACACAUGAAAAAUAUAUAGUAUUAAACACGAUUUCUUUACCAUUUCCACGUAGAAAGAAACAAAAUUGUAUUUAAGAGUCUUCAUCGAUGAACAGUAUUGCUGUAGGCGGAGUCAAUUGUACUUCCCUUACUUUGUGAUACUCCUCGGAUGCUUGAAACUAUAUUUUAAUAUAUGUGUACAUAACGAAUAUUUAUAUUGAACUUUCUUAACACGAAAAAGUAUAAAUGAUAAGAAAUAAUGUCAUAAGAAAUGUCUUGAAAAGAGUGAGUUCGAAUAUUUACUGAGUACACAUGCACUUAUGCGAUCUCGAUGUUGCAGGGGUAUUGUGACGCAAGGGGAAUACUUUGACUCCGCCUAUUGUACUCGUAUGCACUCAUCGGUACGGAAUGAGAAACCUUCCCCUGACCCCAUAAUACUCCGGGAAUAUCUAUCACUCAGCUCGAGUGCACGCGUACCGAACAAGUACAUUGUCGAUCUAUAUUUUUAUGCAAAAAUAUGCUCUUUUGAGAUGUACCACUAAUUUCAGAAUAUCAUGUAUACAUUUGAAGUAUGUAUUAAUAAGAAGCGUCUAUUAAUAAAAUAACUACCAAAGA